UCGGUUUAUUUUUGAAAACGUGACCGGAAGCUGCCUCUGCUGUUCGUGUGUGACUUGACGCCGCAGCUGCCGAGGAGAGACUGACGCAAAGCCGAAAACCUGUCCAGAGACCGGGGCCAGAGCCCCAGAGCCGCCGGAGCCGCCUCGUACAGCGGGCUGCAUUGUUUAACCAGUAAACACAGGCGGACCCAGCGGAGCCGGCGAUCCGGUUCUACCGUCUGAAUCUGUGGAGUACCGUCCGUACCGGCGGCUGGAGGCUGUUAGUCUUCUUGGAUAUACCGACAAGGAAUCGAUAGUUGAGGGGAUCGAUGAAAUCUUUGUCAGAAAAGUAAACCGCGUUAAAAUGGCAACCGCCGCCCGCUGCUGGCGACCGUAGACCGAGAGUCAGCUGAUCCUCAGCAGCUCCAUGUGGUGGUUCUUCUAGCAGCAGUUCAGCUGAACUCCCUCCUUCUUGUUCCCUCUUUGCUGUGGAGGCAUCAUGUCGGCGGCGCAGACCCAGAAGGAGGGCAGCGAGGCGGGCUGGGGCUGUCUGGAGUCUCUGGGUCUCAGUCAGAAGGAGCUGGUCCUGGCCGAGGCCCUGCAGAUGGAGUACGACGCCCUCUCCAGACUCAAACAGGACAAGAGUGGUACAGAAACCAGCCAGACCGGCACUAGAGCUCCCAGCCAAACCUGCUCCAAGACCCCGAAUCCUUCCAUUGAAUGCCCCCAACCCACUCCCAGCCAGCCCAGUCCUGCCCCCACAGGAGGAAGCCUGCUGAGGGGCCUCUCUGGGUCCGACUCCUCCCUGAACCAACCUGGAGGGUCACAGUCUCCACCCUCCAUCCCAGCUAGGGCACUCCCUCCUCAGGGAAGCUACAUCAAAGAGUCGCUGUACAUCCUGGACAGUCCGGAGGUCAGCAAGUUCAGGGACUGCUCAGGUUCCAGCCUCGGGAACUCAAUUGGAUCCGGGUUAGGGUUUCCUCCCAAAGGCUUCCCCUCUCUUCCGGAUGAUGUCCCCCCUGCCAUCCCCCCAAGAAACCCCAUCCCCCCAUUGUCAGGGUCAGAGAACCCCUUCCUGCCAUCUCGAGGGUCCACCAUGCCCCGCGACGUGAACCUGUUCACGCCCGAAGUCGAUCAGCCCAAAGUGACCUCAGGAGAGCUGAAUUACGACAACAUCAACGACUCGCUGUCUCGACUCAACGGGAGCCAGCAGGGGCCUCGAGGUCGGCGGGCCAAUGGGGACCAAUCAGGGAAGCCCGUGGCUCGGAGUAAGACCCUCCCCCCUCAAGUCCCACCCAGGACGUACGUACCUGUUCCCAAGAGCAACAAGAACCAGCGGCGGGUGUCUGCAGACCCGGUGUCUCUGGGCUCCAGGAUGAAUGGAUUUGGAUAUGAACUCUUCCAGGUGUCUGAGGAGCGAGACGAGGAGGUGGCAGCUUUCUGUCACAUGCUGGAUGUGUUACGUUCGGCGUAUCCGCACAGCGACCGCUCGACCAACGGCGGCUUUGUUUGGUCGCCGUCCGUCGGUCAGGAGGAGCUGCAUCAGGGUCUGGGGGUCAGCGUGAAGGUCACCGUCAUCAGCGAGCACUUCAGAGAGCCGCUCACCUUUACCUGUGAUGGCUCGUCCACGGUGGACCUGCUGAUCUAUCAGACUCUGUGUUACGCUCAGGAUGAUCUGGAUCACAUGGACGUGGACGACUACCUGCUGAAGGUCUGCGGACACAACGAGUUCCUCAACAACUCUCAGACUCUGGCCGGUCUGGAGUUUAUUCAACAGUGUCUGAAGUUCGACUGGGACGUCCGACUGUUUCUCACCAAGAGAUCUGCCAUCAACACAGAGCUGGCCCGCACGAAAGAAGACGAUGAGACGUUGUCCACCAUGAACCACAGCAUCCUGCUGCAGGAGCGUCCAAUCAAACAGACCGUCACCAGGGAGGCUCUGACUCUGCUGCUGGAUACGUUUCAUAAUGAAGCCGAGUCCUUCCUGCUGUCAGAGGUGGAGCUGCCGCUGCACGUGGAGCGUCUCGUCCAAUCAGUGAAGGCGCUCUGCAGCUCGUUAGCUGCCGUGGAGACGCCGGAUGUGACCUCCGCCCUCAGCCAGCUCCCAGCAUGCCCCUGUCGUCUGCAGCCCAAAGUCCUCAAGGAUGCUUCAGUGCUGGCUGUCAGAGAGAACAGAGACAAAGUGGUGGAGAAGUUGACGGCGGCCAUCUUGGAUCUGGUGGAGCUGUACUGCAGCACGUUUAACGCCAACUUCCACACGACGCCGCAGAGUCACUGCUGCACGGCGCCGGUGCAGGAGGCCGGCCUCGUCACCAACGUGCUGUCCUUCAACGUGCACGCUGCUCACCGCAUCCCCAUCACCUGGGCCGCCAGUUACGAGGGUUUCUUCCUGUCCUGCUCUCUGACUCAUGGAGGGGCGGAGCUCUGCGCGCCGCAGCACACCAGCAAGCAGUCUGUCAGCAAAUACCUGUUCCACCUGGUGGUGUGGGACCAGAGGGUGUGUUUCCCGGUGCAGAUCAACCAGCUGCCCAGAGAGUCUCAGCUGACGGUGACUCUGUACGCCAGCUCUCUGCCGCCCCCCGGAGGCGCCGAGGAGAAGGGGAAGCAGCGCCGCAGCAUCGAGGCUCUGGGCUGGGUCACCAUGCCGCUCUUCAACUUCAGACACGUCCUGACAUGUGGCAGGAAGUUACUCGGCCUGUGGCCUUCAGCCCCGGGGAGGAGUGGAAACGCCCGGACGAGCUCGCCAAACUUCAGCCAACCGGACAGCGUGAUCCUGCAGGUGGACUUUCCCACCUCGUCCUUCGAGGUCCGGUUCAGUACUCCUCCUCCAGCAGACUUCUGUCCUCAGUACGACUUCUCCAGACUGGACACCGUCAGUCAGAUCCAACUGCAGGACGUCCUCCACAAGAAGGCCGUCUUCUGGUUGACGGCGGAGGACAAGCGUCUGCUGUGGGAGAAGAAGGCCUUCUGUCAGUCGGAGAGUGCAGCGCUGCCUCUGGUUCUGGCCAGCGCCCCCUGCUGGCAGUGGGCCUGUCUGCCUGACAUCUACGCCCUGCUGAGACAGUGGACCUGCCUGGGUCACCUGGACGCCCUGGGCCUCCUCCACGCCUCGUUCCCGGACCAGGAGCUGAGGAGGACGGCCGUUCAGUGGAUGGACUCCAUCUCAGAUCCAGAGCUGCUGGACUUCCUGCCUCAGCUGGUCCAGGCGCUGAAGUACGAGUGUUACCUGGACAGCUCUCUGGUCCGUUUCCUCCUGCGGAGAGCCAUCGGGGACGUUCGCAUCGCUCACUACCUCUUCUGGCUGCUGAAGGACAACCUGCAGGACAGUCAGUUCAGCGCUCGCUAUCAGCACCUUCUGGCCGCUCUGCUCUGCUGCGUCGGUCGAGGUCUCCGUGACGAGUUUGACCGUCAGAGCUGGCUCGUCUCCGUCCUCGCCAGGGUGGCUCACAAAGUGCGAGACGCCACGCCGUCCAGCAGACAGUGUGUCCUCAGGGAGGGUCUGGAGGAGAUGAAGCAGUUCUUCUCGGUGAACAGCAGCUGUAGACUUCCUCUGAACCCGGCGCUGCUGGUCACAGGAAUCAACAUCCAGUCGUGUUCGUUCUUCAACUCCAACGCUGUUCCUCUCAAACUGUCCUUCCAAAACCUCGACCCUCUGGGAGACAACAUAAACGUCAUCUUCAAGUCAGGAGACGACCUGCGGCAGGAUAUGCUGACUCUGCAGGUGAUCCGGAUCAUGAACAAGAUCUGGAUCCAGGAGGGUCUGGACAUGAAGAUGGUCAUCUUCAAAUGUUUCUCCACCGGCAGAGGACGAGGUAUGGUGGAGAUGAUUCCUCAUGCUGACACUCUGAGGAAGAUCCAGGUGGAACAUGGAGUAACUGGGUCCUUUAAAGACCGACCGCUGGCCGACUGGCUGCAGAAACACAACCCUACUGACGAGCAGUACGACAAGGCGGUGGAGAACUUCAUCUACUCGUGUGCCGGCUGCUGCGUGGCGACCUACAUCCUGGGAAUCUGCGACCGCCACAACGACAACAUCAUGCUGAAGACCAGCGGUCACAUGUUCCACAUCGACUUCGGGAAGUUCCUGGGACACGCACAGAUGUUCGGAAACAUCAAACGGGACCGCGCCCCCUUCGUCUUCACCUCCGACAUGGCGUACGUCAUCAACGGAGGGGACAAACCGUCCAGUCGCUUCCACGACUUUGUGGAUCUGUGCUGCGAGGCGUACAACCUGAUCAGGAAACACACACACCUGUUCCUCAACCUGCUGGGCCUGAUGUUGUCCUGUGGGAUUCCUGAACUGUCUGAUCUGGAGGAUCUGAAGUACGUCUACGACGCGCUGAGACCUCACGAGUCUGAGGCCGACGCCACCAUGUACUUCACCAGGUUGAUCGAGUCCAGUCUGGGUAGCGUCGCCACCAAACUCAACUUCUUCAUCCACAAUCUGGCUCAGAUGAAGUUCGCCUCCUCGGAGGAUCGUCCCACGCUGUCGUUCGCUCCCAGAGUCCACACGGCGAAGAGCGACGGCCUCAUCAGAAACCUCUACAUCUGCAGACACAUCCGCACCGCCAAUCCCAGCAAAGGAUACGCCUUUGUUGUGAAGGUGGAGCGUGACGGUCAGCAGGAGGCGCUGCUGGUUCAGAGGACGUUUGAAGAGUUUCAUGAACUUCACAGCAAACUGAGACUCACCUUCCCCUCAUCCAAACUACCCAGUUUCCCGAGCCGUUUUGUGAUUGGUCGGUCCCGUGGUGAGGCGACGGCUGAUAGGAGGAAAGACGAGCUCAACGGUUACGUGUGGCACCUGAUCCACGCCGCCCCGGACGUCGCUCAGUGUGACCUCGUCUACACCUUCUUCCACCCGCUGCCCCGAGACGAGAGACCAGGAACCCCCACCAGCAAACCAGCAGAGCUCUCGUGGUCUCCAGCUUCAGGGAAAGAGCUCGGCGAGGUCAAACUGUCCAUCUCCUACAAGAACAACAAACUCUUCAUCAUGGUCAUGCACAUACGAGGACUGCCCCUGCAGGACGGCACAGACCCGGACCCCUACGUGAAGCUCUACCUCCUCCCGGACCCCCAGAAGACCGGCAAGAGGAAGACCAAGGCAGCACGACGCACCUGUAACCCCACCUACAACGAGAUGCUGGUGUAUGAGCGGAUCCCUCGGGGGGACCUGGACCAGAGGGUGAUCCACCUGCGGGUUCUUGGUGACGGGGCUUUCUGGGAGAACACCUUGCUGGGAGAGACCUUCAUCCCUCUGAAGAGGCUGGUCCCGGGUCAGCACUGGGUGGACUGGCACCAGCUGGGUGCCGCCGGCUCCGACUCUGGCCACUGACAGACAGGAGACAGGAAGCGGUGGAUCGAGAGGAAGAGAAGAAGAGAAGCGGUUCUCCUCACGGGGACAGAAGACAAAAGGAAAACCCUUUCAAAGUAAAAGCCGUGUGGCUGAUCCUCCCUCUGCGUGAGAGAGUUUAGGUUUAAAGCUGCAGUUUACCUUCACUGACGUCAGCAGAAAAACGUUAUUUUGGAGACGUUUGGUUAGUUUUUGAACGCACUCACACAGACAACAUCUGGACUUUUAUUGGUAAUUUAUCAGAUCAAUAAUUAUUAUAAAAUAAAUAAUUAUUUAAGACAUUUUCAUCAGAGUUUUGCGAAUGAGGCAGAUUUAUUUUCAUGAUCAGGUCCUUUAAACUUUUUCAAAAUUUAAAAUUCUCCCGAUUUGAUUUCAAGACAACAAACAGUCCAAUGAAGUUAAUGAGUUAAACCGACUAACUAGUUCUUUUGUUCUCGGUCUUAAACUUAACGUAAAUAUGUGAACACAAAUGAGAACUUUUACACUUUAAGCAGAGUUAGUUGUAAUGUCGUUAAUCGAAGACAGUCUGGAUUCACUCACGCCUUUAUGUUGAAGGGACGACAGAUGAAGGAGUUUCCUGUUCAGACUCUGAUGUUUCUUCUUCUUCACUUUGUUUUCAGACGAUUCGAUGAUCAAACGAUUCCCUUUGAAGUGAUUUUUUAGAAUAAUAUUCACUGCUUUUGGUUCUGACUGAUGAUUUAGUGAUAUUUUUCUUCCUGUCUGCACGCGUUGAAUCAUCAGACAAACGGACACGAAGUUCAGAAUUAAUAUAAUAAUAAUAAGAAGAAGAAGAAUUACAAUUAAAGACUUAUUAUCUCAUAAUCUCAUUACACUCACAUUAUCAUGGAUGAAGGUGGAGAAAAAUAAGAAAGUAAAUGCACAUUUACUGUUCAGACAGUUUGUUCACAUUUUACACAACUUUUAUUGUAAAUCAUUUCGAGAAAGAAACUUUUUUUUAGAAACUUUAUUUAAUACAGAAGUAAUUAAUGAGAUAAAACCACCCGUUUGUGGCCAGUUGAGUCAUUUUCCAGGACUUUUCCAGGACCGAAAAGCUGCAUUUAAGAAUUCCAGGGACAUUUGUUUGCAGCUUUUUGCGUCUGGAAAAUAAAACCUUGCGAUUUCAGCACAAAAAGAGAAGAGUUUUAACUUUGUGAGCUGCAGGAGUGUUUCUGUACAUACAGAGCUUUAGCCUAAAUGUUGCUAACAGGAAGUAGCUGAAGUGGUGUUGGAGUCGAGUUGUGUUAGCGCCGUACAGACAGGAAGCAGACUGCGGGAUAUUUUUAUAGCGAGGAUGUGGAUUUGAUUUUCUAUCUGUGUGAGCGUCUGAGAGAGGUCAGGAGGAAGAGGUGUCGCUCAGUUUGCCUUUAAGCUCGCCGUGUCUCGUUUCCUUUCAGCUCUUAAUAAUCCGCUAAUCAGCGUCUUUGAAGCACGGGCCGCCGCUCGCCCUCCGGCUCCGCGUUUCUGCAUUUCAUUCCUUGUUUUUUUUUAAUCCUCUUUCUGCCUGUGGUUUUGUACUUUUUGGGAACGAUUUGUGGCCGUUUUAAAACUGCGUCCGUGGGUUUCUAACAAUCCAGGUCGCAGUGAAUAUUGAAGGGGAAGCGAGUUCUUUUCCUGCAGGUUGUUUUUUGCGCCGCGGACGAGACAAACUGAGGAACCUGCAGGAAACAAACUCCACUGAUCUGUUCAACACUCUUUUCCAGAAACAUGUUCGAAAGCUCGAGAAGAAGUUCAGAUUCAUAAAUGCUUUUCCUGAGAUGUGAGCUGCAGCUGAGGCUGCUCAGUUCGGUUUAAUCAGCAUUUAUUUUAAUAUUAAUAACAUCCGGUGGGCCUUUCCCAUGGCAGCGGCUGCCGGACAGGCGGCCGGCGUCGCUAUGGGACGCGCCGUCGGGGCCGCUGUGUUCGGACAGGACACGGAGCGAGUUUUAGAGGCGGUGCCAAGUAUUAUUUAAACAUUCAGAUGAAGAGCGCAGCCCAACACCUGAGUAACUCGGGGAGUGUGAAGUUACUCCGCUCGUUUUAAAAAAAGGCAGCUUUCCUCGUGUUGCUGUGAUGGGAAGGAGUGUUGUGCAGUGAAGGUGGUGAGUUUGAGUCCCGAGGCCGGUGGCACGCUGGGCCACAGGGACAGAAUGUAAGUUCACAGUGAACUGGAUCUUUACGUACUGUACAUACUGAAGUGAAAAUGUGACUUAGAUUUUCCACUGCAGCGUCGUGUGACCCACCGCUCUGACUUACAGGCUGUUAUUAAUGUGUAACUUUAAUUUUGGAACAUGUUUUAUAUUAUUUGCACUACAAAAUAAACUUGAACUGAAAAAAAAAAA